AUGUACCGUCUGAAACACUUCUCGAUCCUCAGCAUAAUUCUUCUCUCCGCAUCAGCGGCGCAGACCUCCCAGAAGACCACGGUCGGAAUUGCGACGGCGGAUAAGAGUCGUGGAGUCGACGUGCCAUUGAAUGAAUGCCAUGCGAUUGAAGAAGAAGAUGUUCUAACCCUCUCGCUGAAAAAACCGUGCCGUUUGUUCACGGGCCCCGAUUGUACCGGCCACAACACAUUCUUGAGUCCCGGCGACCACUCUUCCAAGGAUCCUAUACCUGUGGUGGAGUCCAUUUUCUGCCAAUCCUCGUUCUAG